AUGUUUAAACAGUUGUCUCAGAUUGGUAAAAACCUGUCUGACGAGUUGCAGAAGAGUCUUUCCGAGGAUAAUCUUAUGAAUGAAGCUCUUGCCUCUGCAGACAACGAAAGUUAUAAGGACCUACCGAAGGAUAUCCAAUCUAAAUUAAAGAAAUUUGACAAAUAUGAGUCGAAAUACCCGUUAUUGUUGACUGCUUACAAGAAUGAAAAGCUCAAGAUUGAAAGUUUAUUGAAGAUUUUGACAGAAUAUACUCCAGUAUCAGAUCUUAAUGACGUUGAAAUUACACUACCCAAUUUUUUCAAAGAUUAUAAUGAAAAGAAUAAUAUGCUUAAUGAAGAGAUUAGACGUCUUUCAAAGUUUGAGAAUGAAUUGGAGACGAGUAAUGAAAAAGUUGCCACAUUGGAAGCUACUGUGACUGAAAAGCAUGAAAAAUUGAAUGCGAGUAAUUCCAAAAUUGAUCUAUUGUGUGCACAAAUCAAAGAAGAUGAGUCGAAAAUAUCGGAAUUGCAGGCUCAGCUGGAUGAUAAUGCGUCCAAGAUCAGUGGAUUCGAAACACAGAUCAUGGAGAAGGAUUCAAUGAUAUCUGAACUAGAAGAUAAGUUAAAAAAUGCUAUUGCUAAGACUGAAGCAUUAGAGGAAAUUUCUAAAUCCGACCCUGCAACUGUUUCCAACACUACCACUACUUCCAAUAAGAAGAAAAAUAAAAAGAAGAACAAUAAGAAGAAGAAUAAUAAUAAUCAUAAUAAUAAUGCCACAAAUGCAGAUACAAACACAACAGACAAUGAUAUGAGUGAAAAAUACGAUAAGUUAAUAGCAGAUUUCGAAAAAUUAACAGAAGAACACGCAAACUGUUCGGAAACUCAGGGUUCCUUACAAAAUCAACUCAAUACUAAGUCUUCUGAGGUUGAAGAAGUUAGGGACAUGCUAAGAGAUGUUGGUAAUGAGUUAGUAGAGGCUAAAGAUAAAAUAAAAGAGUUUAAUCAGUCUAGCAAUGCAAAUGAUGAAUUGAUUUCAAAAAAUAGUAAUUUGGAAAAUGAAAUCACGAGGAUCAAAGAAGAGAAUGACAAUGUAAAAAAUGAAAUUAGCGCAGCCAGACAAGAAAAUGAAAAUUUGAAAACUGAAAUCUCUACGUUGAAAACUGAUACUGACAACUUGAAUGGUCAUAUCCAAUCAAUAAAAAAUGACAAUAAUAAGCUAGAGAAUGAAAUUCAACUUGUCAAAAAGGAGAAUAGUAAACUAGAAACUGAAGUUAAAACUUCUAAAAAUGAAACCGAUAAGUUAUCGUCUCAGUUAAAUCAAGUCAAAAACAAACUUAUCCAAAAGGAAAAAACCGUCAUUUACCUAGAAAAACAAAUCAAAGAGUACGCAGAAAAUCAGGAACCCGUUAAACAAGCAAUGGAUUUAUUGAAAAGAGAAAAUAAGCAAUUAAGUAAUAGAAUUGAUCUUUUGAAAAACGAAAAUGAAUCUUUAAAUAAUGAUCUCAAGAAAAAUAGCUCUACUUACGAAGAUUAUCUGAAAGAAAAUGGUAAACUAACUGAAAGAAUUGACAUAUUGCAAGAAAAAUAUGAUACUUUACAAAAUUUGAAAAAUAAUUCGAGUGAUCACAUGGACUCUAUCAAAAAACAGUGUGAAGAACUCAAUGUCAAAUUGAGAGAGGCUAAUAAGAAAAUUAUUUCACUAGAAGACGAAUUGAGCGAUUACACUAGUAUCAUUCAAGAUAAAGCAAGGGAAGCUGAUACAAUGCGUCGUCUUUUGUCAGAAUCAAAUAAUGAUGAAAAAAACAAAUUGGAUGAAAUGGAAACAAAAUUAAAUUCAAUGAUAGAUGAAAACAAUAACUUGAAAUCAGAAUUAAAUUUGCAAUCUUCGAGAAAUAAGAUUGAAUUACAAAAUCUUCAGAGUUUAAAUGAUCAAUCCCAGAAUGAAAUUAAAUCCCUUCAAUUAAACAAAUUACAACUACUAAGUGAGAUUGAGACUUUGAAUAAGUUGAAUGAGAAUUUCAAGAAACAUAAAGAUAAUGAUUUCAACGAUUCACAUAAUUUACAAAAGACCAUUAAUAAUCUGAAAGACUCCUUAUCAAGAUCUGAAAGUAAAAUAACUGAACUCCAAUCUGCUAAUGAUGAAUUAAUGAGUCUGAAUAAUGAUAUUAACAAGAAAUUUGAUCGAAUUUCAAAGAAUUAUAAAUCUCUCUCUUUGCAGUUUAACACCUUAAAGGGGAAUGUAAGUAAAUUGAAAGCUAGUCCAAUUACCUCUUCUGAUUCAUCUGAUUCAUUCAAAGCAUCAUCAAAUAGUGCGACAAACUUAAAGCUAUCAGAUACUUCACAAUCUGAACAAAAUGACAAAAUUGCAUAUAUCAAAAAUGUUCUGUUAGGUUUCUUAGAACAUAAGGAACAGAGGAAUCAACUGCUGCCAGUUGUUUCGACAUUAUUACAGCUUGACAGCAAUGAUGAAAAAAGAUUAUUGAUGUCAAUACGAUAA